UCUCUCUCUCUCUCUCUCUCUUGUGUACGUUACGAGCUCGGCCGGCCAGCCUCAUUCAGUCUCUGCUUCAAGUUGGGAGACCAUUCAGUCUCGCAAUCUCAUUCGCUUCAAAAUCAGCAACUAAGUGUUUUUGCUUUCCCCGAUAUGGACGGCCAUUGAAGAGUUCGAUCGAGCCAGGUCAAAGCCAUUUCUGCUAACUUCAUAAGACCCUAAGAUUUUUCUUUCCGUUUACCGAAAACCGAUCCCAUUUCGAGUGAUUUUCCUUGCCAGCAGAGACUGAUUCGACGUUCUUUUCUGGGAAGAUUCUGAUCCGAAGCUUCAGCUUAAAGCUCCAACUUCCUGGCCGUUUUCGCUUUCCAGGUUUUCCCGCCGUGUUCGUCGGUCCAGAGUUAGAAUCGCUCUCUUCGCGAGGUCGCAGAGGAGUCGCCAUUAGAGGUGGUUCGUGCUUACUCUGUUGUAUUGAGAUUCACGCAUGAUGAGGAGAAGCUGAGUCACAGUACAUCGGAUUAUUCCUCGAGAUGGAUUCCGUUGACCGGACAUCUGUGACGCCAAGCAAGAGCCGAUUGGCACGCACAAUUGCUAAGGUUUUUCACAUUCGAGCUGUGACCGGUGUUGCCCCUGUUGAUGGAAAUCAGAAAACCAAGUCUUAUGAAAGGGUCAAGGUCGUUGAUGAUGUGAGUUAUACCAAUUCUGAGUCAUUUGAUGAGGACAAUGAAAAGCUCCGGCUUAGGGCAGCUACAGAUGCUUUCUUGGCCAGAUUGUUUGCAAGCAUGUCGACCGUCAAAGCAGGAUAUGCCCAGUUGCAGUUUGCUCAGUCUCCUUAUGAUGCUGAUGGGAUUCAAGCUGCUGAUCAGAUGGUGGUGUCGGAGUUGAAGAAUUUAUCCGAGUUGAAGCAAUGCUACCUAAAGAAUCAGUUAGAUGAUUCUUCUCCUGGAAAAACGCAGAUGUUGGCUGAACUCCAGGAGCAGAAGAGUCUUCUGAAAACCUAUGAGAUUAUGGGAAAGAAACUGGAUUCCCAGCUUAAGCUCAAGAACUCUGAGAUUACAUUUCUUCAGGAGAAAUUGGCGGACGCAAACAGGGAAAAUAAGCUCAUCGAAAAGAGACUGAACUCAAGCGGGUUGCUGUCUGUUCCCGACACUCUUCAUCUGUCAAGCUUGGGUCCCAACCACUUCGUUACUGUUCUUCGUCAGACGGUCAAAUAUAUUCGGACUUUUGUGAGGUUGAUGAUCAAUGAAAUGGAACUGGCAGGGUGGGAUUUGGAUGCAGCAGCCAGCGCCAUUGAGCCCGGUGUCAAGUAUUGGAAUGCAAACCAUAGAUGCUUCGCAUUCGAGUCCUUUGUUUGCCGUGAAAUGUUCGAUGGUUUCAACUAUCCAUAUUUCUCUCCUGGGAAGGGAUCUUUGCCCGAGCAGCCGAAGCUGAAACAGCUCUUCUUCAACAGAUUCACAGAGUUGAAGUGUAUGAAAACAAGGGAAUAUCUUGCUAGAAAGCCCAAAUCAUCACUCGGAAAGUUCUGCACUUCCAAGUAUCUGAGCGUUGUUCAUCCCAAGAUGGAGUCGUCGCUGUUUGGAAACCUAAGUCAGAGGAAUGUAGUUAAGUCUGGUGAACACCCGGAGACCACCUUCUUCGCCACAUUUUCUGAAAUGGCGAAGCGAGUUUGGCUCCUGCACUGCCUGGCCUUCUCACUCGAGCCCCAAGCUUCAAUCUUUCAAGUGGCCAACAAGUGUCGCUUCUCUGAAGUCUACAUGGAAAGCGUGUGCGAGGAACCCUUCUUGCCAUCCGGCGGCACCAUGGAACCAGCAGUGGCGUUCACCGUGAUUCCAGGCUUCAAGAUUGGCAGAACCGUUGUCCAGUGUCAGGUAUACCUCUCUUGAUCUCGAAACUCUCAGAUGAACCGAUGAUCUGCAAUUCGAUCAGGGAGGAACUGUCAUCGAUAUGGGGGGGUGUCUUUAACACCAUGGUUUGAACUGGAGACCAACAUCAAUAUCAAUAUCGUCAAAAACUAUAUUUAUCUUUAGAAUCACAGAGAAUCCAUAGAAAUGGCUUUGCGGCUUGUGUUGUGGGUUUUCAACGUUCAACUGGGCCUUUUGUCUCUCUUGUUUUGCGGCCAUUUUCACCACCGCCUGGAACUGUUACUGUGGGAAGUUGACGACGAUGAUGAUGAUGAUGAUUUUAUCCUGUAGUUGUCGAAGCCUCACCUAAUUUUGUUAAUAUUAGGCUGGUGGUGGGGGGAGGAAACUCUUUUCGCUUAGCUUUACUCUCUCUCUCUCUCUCUCUCUCUCUCUCUCUCUCUCUCUCUCUCUCUCUCUCUCUCUCUCUCCAUAUAUAUAUAUUAUAGAAAUGCUUGUAUUUCGAAGUGCUUCCAUAGAAAAACUAAAAUCUGGACUUGCUCAA